AUGGCAACACCGAGAGGAUACGAGAAUCUCGUGGAAUGUCCUUACAACCAUAUUCACCAAGUUGAGAACGGCAGACGAUUCCAGACGCACCUCAUCAGAUGUCGUCGGGAAUAUGAGAAGUCUAAUGCUACGAAGAAAAUUUGUUGUCCCUUCAAUUCGACUCAUCUGAUCAAUGAGCCCGAGCGUGGGCUGCACAUGGAAAGCUGCCCAGAUCGCGUGGCUGUGGACAAGUUUGUCGCUCCGAUUGUUGACUCUGUAGAGUCACUUCACAGACACAGUGGUGCCGUGAAAAUGGUGCCAGAAUACCUCACCGUUGACGAAGACGACUGGGAUAAUGAUCAAUCGGUUCCAGCAUAUAAUCCACAGAAGUACUGUGAAAAGAACAAUAUCAUCCGGAGCUGCAACGGAAUGCAGCCGGCGCAGAGGAAGGCUUUCCGCCAGAACGAGCAUCUUCGCCUUGGCAAUAUUCGUGAGAAGAAGUAAUGUAAAGUGCCUGUGAUUCAAAGUCCUAAAACGAUCUGACACUAACUUACGGAUUCUUUGCUACCGUUGCUACCUGACAUUGAAGUUAACAUUGACAAUAGUUCACGAUAAUUUUGAUAAAGCAAAGUGACAAUAUGAAAUUUAUAUUGAAGAUCAGAGAAAUUUCUAUUGUUUAAUUGUUCAAAUGAAAUACACUGGUGAAUAACUGUUAGUUUUUAUCAUGGUACAAAUCAAUGUAACGGCGUAUUUACAUGCAAUCUAUGAAAUUCCUGAAAUACCAUGUCAAGAGUUCUCAUCUUUAGCCGCAGUUAUACAGAUUGAUCUCAUUUAGUUCUGUUGUUUAAAAAGGAAGAAUUUUUAUAAGAACACUGACAUAUGCAUUCAUUUAAGUUUAAAAUAAAUAAAUAUGACGGAACGAUGGUGUUUUCUUUUUUUAU